GUGAGAGAGAAUGAGCUUGAGGAGCAAUUUAUUGAAAGUCGCAACACCAAACAGGAAAUCGUAAGGUUCUCUUCACUCAAGGUAAAUUCUUCCCGGAAAUCACACAUAAUUUCCUUUCCACUGUUCAAUUGAAAUUGGCUUAAUUCCUCUUCAAUUCAAACAAAUUCCCAAACCUCUCCCCCCAAAAACAAAAACCUCGACUAACCAUUCUCACCAGAACACCCAUACCACCCCACCCAAGACGUCGAAAAAUGUCCUUCCCAUUCCUCCGUCCAAGUGCCCUCCCCCGUCCCUCAACAAUCCUACAAUUCCUCCGCCACUCUACCAGUCUUAUCUCUCGCAAACCCUACCAAGUUCUUCUCUCCCCCUCAAAUCAACUACCCGUAUACCAACACACCAAACGCGGAGGAAACAAGCUGGAAACCAAGAUCAAGAAUAUCAUGGGAGAUAUCCAGCAACUAAGGGCGGAUUUGCGGAAGCUGUUAGCGGUGGAGGACGAGAAAGAGGUGCAGAUUAAGGCCGUGGUUGAGGGGCAGAUUAUUGUCAAGGUAUGUGAAGGUCUUUAUUCUUAUUUUUGAAAAGGACAAACUUGGAGAGGUGGAAGGAGUUGGGAAAAGGGACUUGGAGAGUGAAAGUAUGAGUAUGGGUCCGAAUUUAGACAAGUCAAUAAGGUGGUGGGCGGCAAGAUUAUCGAGAGAAUCUGGAACAUUUGACGACUACCUACUAAAUACGCCUCAAGCUUUUUCUCUCGAGAAAGAAGUCCUUCUAGCUUGACUAGUGUACAAGUUGACUUGCCUGAGCAAGGAUAUUAGUUCCAACUCUCCAGAAUCCCUCCUCUCAACUCCCGAAUCUUCGAAACCCAAGAUUCCCUUCUCUCUCCGACUCAUUUUCACAAUCAUCUCUUGAGAACAGCCAGACAAUUCAACAGGAACUAACACAGAAUACAGGGCCACAAGAGGGUUGAAAUCAACCAAUUCUUCGAGAAAAACAACAUAGGCAUCAAACAAAAACCCGACACGAUAUGAUCUCCGACAAGCGGGGAAAACAAAAAAACAGGAGCAGUGUAUGAUAAAA